UUUUAAGAUUGAGUUAUUUUGAUUGUGAUAGUUGUGUAUGUUUAAUUAUACAUAUGUAUAAGUUAUCAAGUAAAAUUAAAAGUUAUGGAAUUUGAAGUUUGAAAAUAUUGUAUUAUAUUCCACGUUAGGGAGGCAUGAGCUUUUAUUUUUAACUUAAGACUUAUUGUUAAGUUUUAUGAGAGUACGCCACCAAUAUAUAUAGUAAUAUUAUUGUGAAGUUUACAAGUUGCAGUCCUAUACUGUAGUGAGUAUUAGUGUUUUACUAUCUGUUAGUGGUCUAUAUAGUUUAGUGAAGUUUGAAUUUCACCAUGUUCGAAACUGAAUACUCUCAAAAUCAAUACCCUUCAUAAAAUAUUUCGUUUUCUUAAUAACUUAAAAUGUCACACUUCCUCUUAUGUCAAAUUCAGAGUGAGGAAGAACUUGGUGAAGAAGGGAUAUAUAAUAUAGUCGUUAUAAAUGUUUUAAAUACGUAUAUUUAUGUUUCAUGACCUGACUCACACGUGUAAGAAACAAUGAAAUAAUACUACAAAUGGUACAAUCAUAAGUUUGUGGUAGUAAAUUUUAGUCAGGCUAUAUAUCGACUGACUAAGCCAAUAGGUUCCCACCCCUAUGACCUGACCUUUCUCCAGUGUUGGAAUCCACUUCAACUGUACUACUACUAUUCCCAGAAUGAGUUUAUUUGCAAAGAAAACAACUACAUCAGAACAAAUGCGCCAGCAAGACAGAGACCUAAGAAGAGUACAGAGAGGCAUUGAUAAAGAUAGAAGAGAUUUGGAAAGGCAAGAAAAACAACUUGAAAUGGAAAUAAAAAAAGCAGCUAAACAAGGAAAUAAACAGGUAUGUACUGUACUAGCAAAACAACUGGUCCAGUUAAGAAAACAGAAGACAAGAACACAUACAGCAAGUUCAAAAGUACAAUCCAUUGGUGCUCAGUCUAAGGCAAUGCACUCCAAUGUGAAGUUAGCCAGUGCAAUGGGACAGACAACAAAGGCUAUGGGUGCAGUCAACAAACAAAUGAAACCUGAGGCAAUGAUGAAAACAAUACAAGAUUUUGAAAAGCAGAAUAUGAAAAUGGAAAUGACGGAAGAAAUGAUGGACGAUACCUUGAGUGCAGUUUUUGAUGAAUCUGGAGAUGAAGAGGAGCAAGAUGCAAUUGUCACUCAAGUUCUAGAUGAAAUUGGAAUUGAAAUUUCUGGAAAGGUUUCUGAUGCCCCUGCUGCCUAUCAAGGCAAACUUGGAGAAACGUCCAAGGCUCGUCUUCCAACUGAUGAAGAAAUUGAAAAGCAGCUUGCCCAACUUAAAGCAUAGAAAAGAAUAUUUACUUCUUUUGUAUUAUAGUCUUAAUGAAAUAAAAAAAAAAUUCCAGUGUCUUGAAAUCAAAUGAGAAGAAAUCUUAUGCUACAAAUGUUCUUAAAUUAUUGAAACAAGAAUGAUUUUACUGAUGUAAAAUUAUGUUGACCAGCAAUGUGACACUGGUAAUUUAGAUCAUACUCCCUCUGUGCCACGUUUGUAGUGUGACUUGCAGAAUAUGCUUGAAGUAACUUAAUUUGUUUAGCUUGUUUUAUUUAGAAUUACAAGUUGCUCUUAAAGUAAUCCAUUCCAUUAUUAGUUAAAUAUGCUUUGGUUCUAUUAGGCCUAUGCAGCCUGUUAUUUUACUUAAACCUAAUGGUGUAGGUGCCUUUGGUAUUUACUUAAGCAUUACUGAUACUAAGCCCUCUUUCUCUGAAGAUAUUGUAAUUAUUUUCUUGAAAUCUUAAAUUCGAAAGAAUAGUCUGAUAAAAUAAGUGUUAAUUUCCAAAUUUCAUAAUAGGUAUAAUUGUGUAACGAAAUAUUAAAACAACAGAUGUAACAAUAAAAAUAUUUUCAUCAUAUUUAAUUAAAUAUGUAAGUGAAAACAUAUAAAACCAAAGAACUAACUGAUGUUUUUAAAUGUCACCAACAAGUUGCAACUUGUACGUAUGAGAAAAAAAGAUAUUUACCACAAAGACAAAUUCAGGCUUUUAUAAUUUGUAAGUAUUUAUUAAUUGAUUAAUAAAUCAAUUUUCUGGA